CCUUAAGAUGCAGAUCACGCGGGUAUUCGUGGUGUUAGCCACUGUUAUGGUGGUUGGAUAUGCUGCCAUCGAACCUCUAGAUCUAGAUGCAGAGGCAUCACAAAUUUCUACUCAACAUUCAAGACAAAAACGUGGAAUACUUGCUGCUAAACUUGGACUUCUUGGUGGAGCUCUCUUAGCAAAGAAAGCUUUAAUUUUAGGAGCUGGAGCUGGUCUUAUUGGAGGUGGACUUGCUGGUGGAGCAGUUUAUAAACUUAAAUCCAAACUCGGUGGAGGUUACGGCGGUGGUUAUGGUGGAGGUGGAUACAAUCCAAGUUACUAUCCUCCACCAUCUGGUGGAUAUUAUCCACCCAGUGGAGGUGGAGCCAAUCUAGGGGAAGGAGUAUAUCCAGUUUAUUUGUCGGCAUAUCCUAGACAAACUUAUGAAAUUUACGGUGGAGUCUCUGGAGGAUACAAUCGUGGAAAUGGAUAUGCUAACAAUUACGAUUAUCCACCUUGCUGAUAGGUCAAAAUGAAUUGGACGUGUUGUCGACCAAUUAUAUAUUUUAAAAUAAGUUUGUAUUUAAUUCAAUGUACUGCCUAAUUUAGAAUUUUUCUAAUA